AUGAAGAAACACAAGUUUGCCUUGGUUCUAGAUGAUGUUUGGGAAACAACUGCAACCUCGUUAAUAGAGGAGCUGUGUGCGCCUCACUCUCCACACCACAAUUCCAACAUCAUCAUUGCCUCUUCCAGAACUAUUAGUGUGCUCUCGCAGUUGGGUGCUCCAACUUUAGCAGUCAUCCAAAUGCAAGACUGGAGUGAGGAUCACAGCUGGAGAUUAUUUUUGUCCCAUGCUUUUUUACACAGCGAGGGAGUUUUUCCUAUGAGCAUCGACCAAGAAAUAGCUUGGUGUGUAUACAACGAGUGCGGGGAUCUUCCCUUGGCCCUUAAAGUAGUCGGGCAGGCUAUGGCGGACAUCACUCAGUCAAAUAAAUGGGAAUUGGCAGUCGACAGAUUGCAGAGUGAUGCAACAAACUCGCUCUACGGCAAUUUGAGACUAAGCUACGAUACUUUGGCUGACGUGGCUGGCUGUUGCAUUUCUUUGUUGCUAUGCUUUCUCUGCCUCGCUGCUUACCCAGAAAACAAUAUCAUAUCUCCUACAUAUGCAAUUGCCUACUGGACUGGAGAAGGAUUGGUAACCGGUCCUAAUCCUUUCCAAAUUGGAGAGAUGGUACAUAAUGUUUUGCGUGAUUUAGCACAUCAAAUUGCUGCAAAUGAAGAAAAAUGCUUCUUUCAGGCAGGCAGAGGUUUACGACAGUUUCCAGCGGACGUUUCUUCAGGAUACGUCAGGAUUUCAUUAAUAGACAACAGUUUAAGUAGUGUUCCAAAGAAAUUUAGAGCUUCGUAUAUCCGUUCCUUUUUACUGGCUAGCAAUACUUUUUCGGCAGAAAUUUCAGAAGAGGUGAUUGGAAGUAUGACCUCUCUCAGAGUCCUGGAUUUGUCACCUACUGCCCUUCAGUUGUUACAAAAAAACAUGGGAUAUUUGAAGCAUUUAGUUUGUCUCAGGUUAUGCUAUGUGCCAAUCAAGAGACUGCCCAACACUGUCGCUUCUCUAAAAGGACUUCAAAUAUUAGAUCUUGAAGGAUAUGAUAUUUCACAACUGCCAGUCGGCAUUUCUAAGUUGACUUCCCUAAAAGCUUUAGACAUUGGUUUUUGUGAACAUCUGCAGUGCGUGCCUUAUGGAAGCGCACACCUCACGUUUUUGGAGUACCUUAACACAAGUAAUUCUCCAAAUAUACGAUUGAAUAAAUGCAGAGGAAAUCGACUUUCAAUUAGUCAUUUUGGCACCUUGAACCAACUCAAAAGGUUAGGGUUUCAAUAUAAUGGUAAAAUAAUUCCAGAAGGAAUGCUAGGAACCAUGAAACAGAUGGAGUAUCUACAUUUUCAUCUCACAGAUGAAAAUUCUACCCCAUGA